AGUCACCAUAACUCCUCCUCCUCUUGCGUCACCACACCUUCAUGUUACGUUGCAUCUAUUCCCAAGGAGAACCAUCACAUACUCACGAACACUGAGGAGACAAGCCCUGCGCCUCAUUCAACUUCUCCAGGCUCAGCCUUGCACGCAUGCUCUCUUCCAUACCUUGUCAACACAAUGACUCGUUGGCACAGCCUUUAUUGCGAAGUUCCAGACGUCAUUGUGGGGGAAAACAACGUACCGAGAUGUCGGGCUUGCCAGCAGUCGUGCCCAUCUGUUGAGGAACUGCUCUCGGGAAACGUGAGCGGGAACUCGGCUUCAGUGCUCCCUCCCGAUGAGCCUCCAGGGAGCAUGAACCUGUGGUGGCCAAAAAGCGUUCCGUAUGUGAGGGAUGAAGAGCAGUCUUGCAUGUCAAGGACUUCGCCGGUUCCUGAGAGCGCCCCAGCGAAGGACUCAUGCGACGAGAGCGCAGAGAGCGUCCCAGAAUCGAACCUCACGGGCACUGGAGACCUCUCCAUAUAUGGAGAAACGUUGAAGUCAGACGAGUUCCGGUUGGCUUGCCUCUCCGCUGUUUCGAAUAAGGAGUACCCAGUCCAUCUUAGCCUGGAAGUCUACACCCACAACGACCAUCCAGAGUUCGAGGCCACCUCGUACUGCUGGGGUGGAGAAAAUGGUGAUAGCUCACCCUGCCAGCCUGUAUAUUUUGGGCCGUAUUGGGACGUACUGCUCCAAACAAAGAACUGCUGGUCGAUGCUCCAAUUCUUGCGCCCCUGGCGAGGCACACGCAUGAUUUGGGUAGACGCAAUCUCGAUAAAUCAGGGGAACCUUGUCGAGAGGGCUUCUCAGGUUGCCAAAAUGCGACAGAUCUAUAGCGACUGCUCAAGAGUAGUCGUGUACCUGGGGAAUGACAUAAUUACCACUUCCACACGCUUUCCGGCUUUCAAAUCCCUCCAAACCCUUGAAGAGGGGAAAUUAGACCGUCACAUCUUCCCAGCCAGCCACGCAUACCAUGAUAGGCAGUUCGAUCUGCAUGAACUUCUUUCAAGAAAGUAUUUCAGUAGAGUCUGGAUCGUCCAAGAGCUGAUCGUUUCUGAACGAGCCAUCAUACGCGUUGGCGACAUCGAUUUCCGAGCAGACGCGUCCAUCAUUUCUGCAACCUUGCAAGCAGGCCGGAACCACUCAGAGCCAGAGGGCAGCGUUUCUAAAUCUAAGUGGGAUGGAACUUCCGCGCCAUGGAUUCAGCAUCUGGCAAACAAAGCCUUCCCCAAGUCCCAGAUUGGAGAUGAACUGAGCCUCCUGCGGCUGACUUCCAAAUCUGAGGCCUCGGACCCGAGAGACAGGCUCUUUGCGGUGAUUCCUCUUCUCCAGAAGGGCAGACUACGAAAGCAAUUCUCGCCGGACUAUUCCUUGUCUUUUCAGCAUUUCUGCAUCGGCCUGUUCGCUCACUUUCUCUUAACGAGCAAAAGAUACUGGUUUUUGUAUAAUGCAGGAAUUGCAAUCAGAGCGACCCGGGAUCAUCUAUCGCUGACGCCAUCCUGGAUCCCGGAUUGCAGGUCUGAUGCAUCGUGGAAAAGUGUCUGGGCGAGCAUCAGGCUUCCUAAUCCCUUGAUGGAGCUCACGGACAUAGCCCUCGCUUACGGCGACGCCUUUCGCGUGAUCCUCGAGGAAGCUUGUCUAGAGCGUAUGGCGCGGACGCUCGACCCGGCGAAGCCGUUCCAUGUCGAUGCUACCGUGGAUAGAGCGAGCGGAAAAUUAUCCAUCAAUCUGAUCCACAUGUUCGUGUUCGUGGAUCAGCCUUCUUUGAAGGAGAGAUGCGGCUCACUCAACGUCUACGGGCUUCCGGUGCGAGAUAGCAAGGGUCAAGAAACAGAGUCAAACCUAUCACUUGUGGUGCCGGGUGGUCUCGACAUCCAGCCUCAUCAAGAUCAUCUCUUUAUUCUAGAUCCUGGAUCAGGCUGCGUGCUUGGACUGCCCGGAAAGCAUUGGAACAUCCACCCAGUUACGUACCUCAUCCUACGGGAGUACGCGGACGGACCCAGUACCCCAAAUUUCAAGCUCAUCACGUCGCGCGUCCGCCUCUUUGAGGGAGACCUUGUCCUACAAGACGAUAUGCGGACACUACAACGAGACGAUCGUCGUGACUCGGAGAGUUGGUCUACAGUUGGCCGCGUCUCUGGUUACACCCUAAACAAGAUCCGGACAAGCGUAGCGACGGUAUUAGCAAGCAUACAAAAGCAGAUGCGCUCCUUGAAGCAUCACGAGGGCUACGAAAUUCUUCUUCCGGUAUCUACCAACCGCUUCUUCCUCCAGCCAGAGUGGCAGCAAUUCCUACCCCACGUGGAGGACGAGGAUAGCAUGCUGCAUACCGUUCUAGUUCUAUGUCAAGCGCUGCACGAGAAGCGUGAGCAAAAGGAAGAGAGGGAAAGCCCGAACACUCGUCUCCAAAGAUCGUUCUUGGCAUGUAUCGAAAGAAUGUUCCACGCAGAAGUCGUUCGUGAGGGCGAUUAUGGCGAAACCUUCAUCAAGCUCACGUUAGAUUAUCAAAAGUGGACGGCUCGCACUCGAUACUACUGCAUGUUGCCUGAACAGCAGCGAGGGGUCCCCACUUCGGGACUUUUUUGUGGAUUCGAGAAUAUAACAGAAUUUUGGAAAAUGCGGAACCUUCUCGAUAAGAUAAAAUGGGAAUGGAAAUUUGAAAGUGAUGAGCACUGGCAGGCUGUUCCACACUCUCCUGGAGAGGAUCAAUACCGAGAGCUGCUGGAGCCACCACGGAAACGGACCCGUAUGCUACCACCUGAGGAGCGUGUCUGCGUGCGGGCAAAGAUUAACCCGAUUCUCGAAGGGCUCCGUAUGCUUGUGCGCCACACAGUGAGAUUGUACGGGAUGGUUGUCGAGGCCUACGAUCCGCCUCCAGACCUGGAGACUCUAGCGGGAUGGAUUAAGAACGGCCCGACCGAGGAGCAGACGAACAAGGGGGUGCCCAAGUAUAUUGGGGGAGUGAGGGUGGAUGGGAGCGUAUGUCGGGUGGGAAUCCUGUAAUGAAGGGAGGGAUAUUCCUCUGAGGUCGGAUGAUUCGAACCGACGCCCCGUGCAGCUCACCAAAGACACACACCCACGCAGAUACGGUGAUAGAGCUGGCUCAGCAGUAGAGAAGGUCUCAAAGAUCGGGUUAAAGUCCUAUCCGCAAGUAAAGGUUGAGAAGGAAUACGCCCAAAAGCCUGCCAGUAUAGCAUGCGUUCGUAACUGGGUAGCAUAAAGUGUGUUGCCUCAGACUGCAGCUGAGCUUUUCAGAAUUGAACUAAGCAGAGAGGGGAAGAGGGAUCUCUGAACUGAUCCCGCCCAAUCCCCCCCAAGAAAGAUAACGGCGGGGAGAUAGCAAAGUCACUCCAGACGCAGUACAGCAUCCUCGUAAAGACCGACCACAUACAUUUCGAAAACGACCGAAUAUAUCUCUCGACCCUCAAAACUACGAA